UAGUUUAUGAGUGGUUCGUGAAACAGGUACGAUAAAAGCAGCAUCCCGAUCCUGUUCCCACGAAUCGGUUAUCUUCCGAAUGCCACGAAGAAUUUCCUAGCGAUAUCGCAAUUGUAGAUAGAAGAAUUUAUGUUUGGCCUUUGUGUGAAUAGUUUCAAUUUGUAUUCCAAACCCGGUGAAAGUCGCAAAUAUGAAGUCCUCCGGGCUUCUCAAGAGCAGCGGUUUGGCUAUUAGAGUGAGCCUUUCUUUAUUUCUUCAAAUCAUCAUGCAAUUGACUCACUAUAUAGAGGACUAAUAUCCAACCGCUCCUAAGACCGAUAAGUGGACGAACUCUUGCGACUGUGAAUAAUUCUACAUACAAACCUAACAUCGAAGCCCGAACUCCCCCAUACCCGAAACUCCUCAAACGUCUCCGUGAGGUUCGAAGAGUAUUAGGUCCCUCAAGAAGUUUGACCCUUGCCGAAAAGAUCCUAUAUUCCCAUCUCGAUAACCCCGAAGAGUCACUUUUAUCAAAUACCGACAAUGGACUUAAUAUCAGAGGAAAUGCCAAUCUCAAGCUCAAACCAGAUAGAGUUGCUAUGCAGGAUGCAUCGGCACAGAUGGCAUUGUUGCAAUUCAUGACCUGCAAACUGCCUUCUACUGCUGUGCCAGCUAGCAUUCAUUGCGACCAUAUGAUUGUUGGACAGAGAGGAGCAGAUGUUGAUCUUCCAGAGUCGAUUAAGGGAAAUAAGGAGGUUUUUGAUUUCUUGGAAUCUGCCGCAAAAAAAUACGGUAUCGAGUUCUGGCCACCCGGAGCAGGAAUCAUUCAUCAAACUGUAUUGGAAAAUUAUUCGGCUCCUGGUCUAAUGAUGCUUGGAACAGACAGUCAUACCCCGAACGCUGGUGGAUUAGGAGCUAUUGCUAUUGGUGUUGGUGGAGCUGAUGCUGUUGACGCAAUGGUUGAUGCACCAUGGGAAUUGAAAGCUCCAAAAAUUCUGGGAGUGAGACUUGAAGGAGAAUUAAGCGGAUGGGCGUCUCCCAAAGAUAUUAUUCUACAUCUAGCAGGCAAAUUGACUGUCCGUGGUGGAACUGGAUACAUAAUUGAAUACCAUGGACCUGGAGUCGAUUCGCUGACUUGCACAGGAAUGGCAACCGUGACGAAUAUGGUUUUUUGGCCUUUACUUUUACUCUUUAUGAUCUAUUACUGACAAUUCAACAGGGUGCUGAGGUUGGUGCUACAACUUCUCUUUUCCCAUUCUCAAAACGCCACAUUCCAUAUCUCGAAUCAACACAUCGAUCCUCCAUCGCAUCACAAGCCCAAGCUAUCGCAGAAAGUCCUUCACUCCAUAACCUGUUAAGAGCAGAUGAAGGUGCUCACUACGAUGAACUUAUUACCAUUAAUCUAUCUACAUUAGAACCUCAUAUCAAUGGCCCGGCCACACCUGAUUUAUCCACUCCAUUGUCACGAUUUUCGGAGGCUGUCAUAGCAAAUAAUUGGCCAGAGACAGUAUCCUCGAGUUUAAUUGGUAGCUGCACAAACAGUUCGUAUCAAGAUAUGGCAAGAGUACAAAAUUUAGUCAAGCAAGCGUCAGCCGCAGGUCUCAAGCCAGUUACCGACUUUUUCAUCACACCUGGCAGUGAACAGAUUAGAGCCACCUUGGAGCGUGAUGAGAUUUCAUCGACGUUCACUGAAGCUGGAGGUAUUGUACUUGCUAAUGCUUGUGGGUGAGUAAUAUCGGUUCUUUUUACAUACCAUCUUCAUGCUCCUUUUCCUGCUUCUUUUGGAUACAUUCCAAAGCCUUAGGUUUACACCGAAUGGCUUUUGAUAUGCAACUCCUCACAUUGGAUUUUCAACUCUGUUUGGAAGUCCAGGCUACUAUUUAAUUGUUCAAAAUUACCAUUUGGAUACCUGAUCACGUGCUUUGCCUAUUUGUGGCCAAACUCAUCCGUUCGUCGGAUAAUCAUUUCAAGAUAAAAUCACUAACUUGAUAAGUCCAUGUAUUGGCAUGUGGAGCAGAACUGAUGGGGUGGUAAAGGGUGAACCCAACGCAAUUUUCACAUCAUAUAACCGAAAUUUCAGAGGACGAAACGAUGGUAAUCCAGACACUAUGAAUUUCCUCGCUUCUCCCGAAAUUGUUACAGCUAUGUCAUAUGCUGGAAACACUUUGUUCAAUCCAAUCACGGACUCUAUCAUAACUCCAUCUGGUAAAGAAUUCCGUUUCGAGCCACCGACGGGAGCUGAACUUCCCCAGAAAGGUUUCGAACAAGGAAAGGAAGAACUUUUGCCAUUAUCAGGCCCCCCUUCCCCCGAAAUAGAAGUUGUUGUCUCCCCAACCUCUGAUCGUCUAGCCCUUCUGGAACCAUUUGCGCCAUUUCCGGAAAGCGAUUUGGAAGGACUUCGCGUCCUCUACAAGGUCACUGGAAAGUGUACUACAGAUACCAUCUCUGCUGCCGGCCCUUGGCUCAAAUACAAAGGCCAUCUUCCAAACAUCUCUGCCAACACACUUAUUACAGCUAUUAACGCUGCAACCGGCGAGGUAAAUGUUGCCUACGACGUUGAUGGCAGCACAUCUGGUAUCCCAGAACUUGCUCAGAAAUGGAAGGAUCAGGGUAAAGAAUGGCUCGUCGUCGGAGAAAGCAAUUAUGGAGAAGGUUCAGCGCGUGAACACGCAGCUCUUCAACCCCGUUACUUGGGAGGCAGAGUUAUUCUCUGCAAGUCAUUUGCACGUAUACACGAAACGAACUUGAAGAAGCAAGGAGUUGUACCUCUCACUUUUGCCGAUGGAGAGGAUUAUGGAAAGAUCGACGCACUUGAUGAAGUGAGCACGAUUGGGUUAUACGAUAUGUUGAAGAAUGGCGGGAAGGGUGACGUCAGCCUACGGGUUAAGAAGCAUGGUAGUGGGGAGGAAGUUAUUCUCAAGACCAAGCACACAUUUAGUCCUGAUCAAGCUGGAUUUGUAUUGGCAGGAAGUGCAUUAAACUUGCUGGCGAAUGCAAAGAGAUGAUAAAACUGUAGGUCUGAAAAGGUACUAGAUACAAGAUGAACUUGUCUAUCCGAAUAAAAGUUUAAAUACCCCACAGGAUGUCCAUUACUCGGUGAUUAUAUGAUAUGGUUCUUAGACUUCCAAUGUUUAAAAUAGACAUC